AUGAGGCUCGUUCUGAGGCUCGCCUUGACGGUCACGCUCGCCGCAACCACCCUAGCGCAACUUGAAGGGAUGCCUCGAGACUUUCUGGGUCAAGUCAAGGCAUCUGUUCAAACUGUGCGCACGUCCAUCAUACAGGAAGCGGACAGGAUUCUUUCCAGAGCUGCUUAUGACAAUCUGAAGCUGUCUGUUGAUGAUAUUGAUCCGUCUAUUUCGAGUGAAAACGGAGCCCAUACUGAGAGAUCCCCUGGCUUCUUCAAUGAUGUGAAAUCGACUGUCGAUUCCAUCGGUACCAUCAUCACAGAUGCUGCUGGGAAGGCUGGCGCCACUGCACAGCAGUUCACCGAGGCCCUGAUCGACGGUGCUGCAGCGAGUUAUCCAGACGCCGCGAAGCAACUGCAAGAGUUCCAGACAGUGCUCGCGCGUGUCGUUUCUGGAGCACAGGAGCUUCACGCCCAAUUCUCCACUUCUGCUGCCCAGGACGGGAGCAAAGACGACUUCAACGCUGACUUACAGCAGUUCCUCAAAAAGCUGCUUAAGGAUCUACAAACGGCAUUUCCCCCGCCAGAGAAAGCACUAGGACACACAGAGCGCGUGGAGACCGUGUCGAAGGUCCUUGCAGAAGCACAACACGCAAUUAUGCAAUUCGCCAUUAAGCAUGGGAUACAGGAGGAACACUUGCAUUCACACUUGACUGAGUUCGUGGGCCAUCUGGGCACGCUUAUCGUACUAAUGGGAGAUAUUACGGAACAGCAUCCAGUCCUCUCGAGCAUUGUAAUCUCCGCGGUUCUAGCACUACUGGUUAGACCACUCAUUCUUCGGCCCUUCUUGAGACUGCUAGGCUUCGGAUUGCUGGGCCCCACCGAAGCAUCUGUGAACCUAACCUCACGUGGGGACAUGGGAUUAGGAUCCUUUGCUGCUUGGGCACAGAGCACGUUCUUCGGGGCAAAUGUCGGCAAGGGGAGCUGGUUUGCGAUUCUGCAAAGCAUUGGAAUGCGGCUGUAG